AUGGCCACUGAAACAACUGAAGCCGUUCGACAAGCAGGAAAUUUACAAAAUCUUCUUGAUAGGCAUCGAGUUUUAUUAAACCAACGACCGAGAAACGGAAAAGAAAUUUAUCGUCAAACAGCCGAACUCUUGCGCACAGAAUUUGAUCAAGAUCUCGCCAAAAUCGUUCAAUACAUUCGUGUCAAACUCGAUUGGCCACUCUCCUAUAAACGCGUCUUACUUCGCUAUGUUCAACAUGACACUACUGAUCGUAAUGAACGAUUCCGUAAUCUUGCCAAUUUUGUCCUCGAUCCAACGGCAAAGAUAAAAAGUCCACGACAAUUUCAUUUCUAUCUCCCAACCAUCGCAUCCGUCGAACGACAAUACGGUUCAGGUGUAUGUUCGAUAUUUCAUCUUCAACACGGGUUUUUCCUCAUCAAUCUACUAACCUUCGUCGUUUGGGUCUCGUUAAUAACAAUUCCGUAUAAAGUCGUUACAUCGUCAACGGCUCUAUCGAAUGAAUCCUUUACUUUUUCAUCGUUAUUUACAACGAAAGGUUAUUUAGCGGAAUCGAUAUUUUUCCAAGGUUCUUAUCCGAAUGAAAUUGUUAACAACAAAUACAAUUUACCAUUGAUUUACUUUCUGACAACAUAUUUGUAUUUUUUCAUCUGGUUUAUUUUCAUCACGAUACGAUUUGCAUCGACUUAUAAACAAAAAGUCUUUAAUUCGAUCUUGAGUACGAAACUUGGCAUCGGUUUUAUGUGUACAUUUGGACGAAAUGAUUAUACUAUACAAACAAAUAGAGAAAAUCAGAAACAUCGAACCAUUUUUCAAAGAUUAUAUCGAGAUUUAAUCGAAAAUGAUGAACGAAUACAGAAAACUCAUUUCAAUCAAUACAAAUCUGCCGGCUACAAAUUCAAAAUCAUCGUUACCAACUUAUUUUAUAUUAUUUUAGCUUUCGCACUUGGUGGUCUCAAUUGGAUGAUCUUAUCAUUUUGUGAGAAACCAACUAUUGAUUGUCAUCAAUCGAUUAUUUACUUAUCUCUAAUCAAUCGAUUAGUACCAUAUGUUAUCGCAAUACUCACACAAAUUGAACAAUACAAAUAUUUAUCGUAUAAACUAGACGCUGUAGGAAUAAGGUGUAUUCUUCUGAACGUUUGCACGAUUUUAUCAUUUACAAUCUAUUUUUUUAUCAACUCGCCAUCAUGUUAUGAAACAGCUUUUGGUCAAUAUAUUUAUAUUCUAUUAUUAGCGGAUCUAUUUGCAUCGUUAGUCUUUCCGUUAUUAUUUGGCCUUUUAUUCGAUUUCAUAUCCCGAGGAAAGAAUCGUGAUUUUGAUGGAAUUAACCUUCAUGUUCAAUUAAGUCCACCGGUUUUACUCUACAGUCAGUUUCUUAUCUGGAUUGGUAUCUAUUUUGCUCCUCUUUUAUCAAUCAUGAUAUUACUAAACAUUUGCUUUUCAUUUCUUUCCCAUCGUCUCUAUUUAUACAUUCGUUCACGUCGUUCGGAUUCAUACAAACGUGUUUUCGUCUGGAACGCCUAUCGUUUGGAAUAUUUAAUCUAUUUUCUCGCUUAUUUUCUUUUGAUUGUGAGUACAACUUGUUUUGCUGUGUUCACAACACAGAUAACGCCGAGUGAAACCUGCGGACCAUUUCGUCAUUUGAAUGGAUCUUAUGAAGUUAUGGGAAACUUUGUCUAUAGUUAUAAAACAUCGGUGUUAUGGGUGUCGGUUAUUAAUUUUCUAACAUCACCCGGUUUGAUUUAUUUCCUUGGUGUAACGUUUUUCAUUGUCGCUUAUAAAUUGCGACAUGAAGGAUUAGCAGAGAAACAGUUGGUGUUCAUUCAUGAAAGUAAUUUGGAAAGUAAAAAACAUUUAAGACAAAGUGCUGUGCACAAGUUACAUCAACAUGAUGCGAAGAAGGAAAGACGAAAAACGCAUUCGCAACCAAAAUCAGUUCCUCGUCAAGAUGUUGUGAUUGAUGCUUUUUGA